AGGACACGAAGAAGACGCUGAAAAAACGAGACCCUUGUUUCUCUGUUUGAACUUAAAGUAUUUUGUGUAGCGUUUUUGACCGGUAUCGCAGACGACUAUAGCGAUUGUUACAAUCAACAGAAUAGAAGUUUUUGUAGCUUGCUUUUCAGUCACGCCAAGGCUACUCUACUCACUGCUACUCUACACACUGCCGUCCCUAUCCUCUCUUUGCGAGGGGGACAAAAAGACACUCAACUUCAUGUCCAGCGCACUGAGGUAGCAUUUGGUUUUGGUCACCGUCCGCAAGUAGAAGCUCGCGUUUUCCCGCAGAAACAUCAUGCGGCAAAACAUCGUGCUCUAUCGGUCCAUCCUGCGGGCCGCACACAAGUUCCAGGAUUACAAUUUCCGCAGCUACUUCCUCAGAAGGGUACCAUUCAUUUUUUGUGACUGUGGCUUUGUUGUUUUCGAAUCUCAGCAUGGUUGAUGUCUCGUAGGAUCCAUCGAUGUCUUGCAUGACAGAUUCGAUCCAUCACAACGCUUCUAUCCACCUAAAGCUUUUCUCUCACUACAGGCACGCGAAGACUGGAGAAGAAAUGUGGAUUACAAUCCCACUUUUAUAGCGGGCCAGCGGGAGCAUCUUGCCGUACUGCAGAGGCAAGCGAUAGUGAGCUCCUUGUUUCCGUCGCCCACUUACUCCGACCCACAGAACAAAUCAGCGAAUUUGUAGUACCUAACGCUUUGCAUCUCGCGCAUUUCAUCAUCAAAGCAGGAUUGGCGGUGUUAUUACGACAUUUGCACGUUGAAGAAGUUCUUACGCGACAAUCAAAAAAACAAAAAGAACGAAAAGAAAGCUGAAAACUACUAUCGCAAAGAUUCA